AUGUCGGCCGUUCCCAAGGGAAAGGAUGACUUUCGCCUUGUUGUGAACAUGCGGGCACCGAACAAAGCGAUAAAGAGGGAGUAUUUUAGGCUUCCAUUGAUCCAGGAGAUGAAAGCCCAACUCCAUGGAGCAAAAUUUUUUACUAAGCUGGAUUUGACGAGCGCCUUUUACCACCUUGAACUGGCAAAAGAAUCACGAGAUUUAACAACAUUUCUUGCUGAAAGUGGUAUGUACCGCUUCACAAGAUUGAUGUUCGGCGUCAACUGUGCCCCCGAAAUAUUUCAGCGGGAGAUGAGCCGUAUACUGAAAGACAUAAAGAAUGUUAUCGUCUACAUAGAUGACAUUUUGAUUUUCGGUAACAGCAUCGAAGACCUCCGCAGAACCGUUGCCCAAGUUCUACAGGCAUUGAGAGCCAAUAACCUAUCAUUGAACAUUGAGAAAUGCGAAUUCGACAAGGAACGCAUCAACUUCUUGGGACAUGAAUUGGACGAACAAGGGUUCCAUAUCGACGAGAUGAAAAUUAAGCACAUCCAAAAAUUCCGUGAACCAACAACUGCCUCCGAACUCCGUAGCUUUUUGGGCUUGGCAUCCUUCAUAAGCCCUUACAUAAGAAACUUCGCCGACAUCACCAGCCCACUAUGGGAAGUCGCAACAACCAAAACAUGGACCUGGGGACCAGUUCAAUCAACUGCUUUCGAAGUCGUCAAAUCAAAAAUAGUAAUGGAAGCCCUCGAAUCCGGAAAAUGGACAAGGCAACUGCACCGAUACGAAUCAGUCGCCAAAGACCUUUACGUCAAGAACGGGAUGUUAGUCAAACAAGGAUGUGUGGUUAUCCCAGAAGCGUUACGCAAGAAAACAUUGGAAAUCGCGCACAAAGGCCACCCCAUGACGGCUAAACUGAAGAGCAUUCUCCGAGAGCGCGUUUGGUGGCCAGGAAUGCCUAAAGACGCAGAAGAAUGGGUAAAAUCCUGUGAAGCUUGUGCCACAAACGGAAGACCGGAAAAGGCUAUCCCCAUGGAGCGUAUCUUUGCCCCGAAGACCGUCUGGGAAACCGUAGCCCUGGACUUUAAUGGGCCAUACGCAAGAUUUGGUGGAAUCUACAUAUUGGUGGUGUUGGAAGACAUUUUCGAUCAUGAGGGAUUUCCUAUCCACAUAAGGACCGAUAAUGGCCCCCCAUUUAAUGGAGAGGAUUUCAGCAAGUACUGCGCAGAACGUGGCAUAACGAACGUGUUUUCCACCCCGUUGUUCCCGCAGCAAAACGGCCUGGCAGAAAACUGCAUGAAACUUAUCAACAAGGCAAUGGCUACCGCAGUAUCUGUCGGAACUGACUACAACGAUGAACUCCAUUCAGCAAUCAAAGCCCACAACUCGGCGGCUCAUUCAAUAACAAAAGUUCCUCCGGAAGAACUAAUGUUCGGGCGUAAGAUACGGCGAUGGCUUCCCCUUCUGAAUCCUGGUAAGGUGAACCACGAUGACGAAAAGAUUAACUCAAGGGACAUGAAGGCCAAACUAACCGGAAAGCAAUACGAGGACCGACGUCGAGGCGCGAAACGUUCCCAAAUCACUCCGGGGGAUACUGUUAUCAUUGAACGGCACUCACGUACGAAAGGGGAAAGUCGAUUUGACCCCAGAAAAUACACCGUCACGGAACAGAACAAAGGGAACCUGGUGCUUACGGGACCUGAUGGCCAACAGCUGAAAAGACAUGUCACACAAACUAAACGGGUUCAUGAAUGGCGUGCUCCGGAUCCCACCCACAAAGAUCAGGAACUAGCAGUGAAACGCCAAUAUUCCUCGAAGGACCACGUACGCUCCGCCAACUCGCCGAACUUGCUACGAACCUAG